CAGCAUAAGCAAAUCCUCAAAUAAUCAGUUUAAAUAUUUUUUUGCUAACUUGGAAGCAUUCGUACGUGAAAAUAAAAGGAAAGAUAAUUCAAAUUUUUAUUUAUUAUGUUACAAUUUAUAAAUGCAGUGUAAUGUUUUGAAUAGCAGAUAAUUUUAAAGAAAAGUAAAACGAAAUUAUUUCUCUUAAAAAAUCACGAAAUACAGCAAAAACUUUUGAGUCAAAACAAAAAAUAAUAUAGAAGAAGAAGAAGAAAAUAAGCAACUAGCAAGGCGCACAAACUAAAUAUAUCCUGCCCUGAAUAAAGACAAAAGAAGGAAAAAAAAAAUAAAAGGAAAAAAAGCAUAAUUCUAAAACGUCAGGAGGAUAAAAUAUACCAAAAAAGUAUGACACAUAAGAAAAUACCUCAAAAUGUAUCAAUUAGAGGCGGGCAAUAAAAAUAUUUUGUGGAUGAAAGUGCAUAAGCAAAUAUCAAUAAAUUAGUUAUAUUUAAUUUAUGCAGUUAAAAAUACCGAAAUUGAUGCCUCUAUAAACGGAAUAUCACAAGUUAAAUACUAUCAGUUAGAUUAAAACCCAUAAACAUAAUUUUUUAUAUCGUGAGAAAUAUUUUAUAUCAAACAAAAAAAAACAAAUUUUCUACCAACCACAAUUUAGCUAUUUAUUUUUUAAUAAAUUGUAAGCGUUAUGGCAAUUAGAAACUUUAAAUUUUAUUUUUAUUAUUGAAUAUCAAUGAGUUUAAUUUUGUGUUUUUUUCAUAACACGUAUUAAUACAACGGAUCAAAAAUCAAAAAAAUUAUACUAACAUCAAUUAAAAAUAUUAAGUCAAAAUGUUGAUGUGCAACUAUAUAAAGUUAAAAAUACAUUUGACAAAAAAUACUGUUUUCUUCUUAUUUUUAUUAAAAUCUUUAGCAUUAAUUGAAGGUGGAUCUGAUUGGCUACAGGAUUGUGAGCCAUGUCAUUGUCAUUGGAAUUCUGGUAAAAAGACAGCUGAUUGCAAAAAUCGAACAUUCAGUAAGAUACCGACAAUUUUCAAUGGUGAGCUUCAAGUUAUUGAUUUAUCACUCAAUCAAAUACCAGAAAUAAGAAGAGAAGAAUUUUUCGAUGCAAGCUUGCAAAAUUUACACAAAAUAUAUAUGAAAAAUUGCACUCUACAAGAAAUAAGUCGAGAUUCAUUUAAAGGCUUGGCAGUCCUUUUCGAACUAGAUUUAUCAAACAAUUAUAUUAGAGCAUUGCCAGUUGGAACAUUUGCAAGUUUACAAAGAUUACGUAAUUUGAUUAUGAAUAAUAAUGAAAUUGAAGUAUUGGAAAAUAGAUUAUUCGAUAACAUGAAAUAUUUAAUACGUGUUGAAUUCAAACAUAAUCGAAUCAAAAAAAUCGAAAUGAAUGUUUUUAUAAAUGUUGAAAGUCUACAACUAAUUUAUUUGGAAUCAAAUCGUUUAUCAUUUUUACGGAAAGAAACAUUCGAAAACAUAACAAAAUUAGUAGAUUUAACAUUGGCAUAUAAUCCAUGGAAUUGUACAUGUGAAUUGCAACCGUUUCGUGACUUUUCAAUUGCACGAAAUUUGUAUACUCCUCCCACAGAUUGCUACGAGCCAACUCAUUUAAAAGGUAAAUUAUGGACUGAAGUACCAACAGAGCAUUUUGCUUGCAAACCUAAAAUAAUUCAACCGAGAACACAAUCUUAUAUUGAAGCAACUGAGGAAAAUGUUACUAUAGUGUGCCGAAUACGUGGCAUACCAAAACCAGAUGUCUUUUGGUUAUUUAAUAAAAGACCAUUAAAUACGAAUGAACAAAGAAUACAAAUUCGAAGUGCAUUAGAAACAUUUAAAAAAGAUUACGAUCAUGUUUUAGUAUCUGAACUUACAAUUAUUGGCUUAAAAUCGAGUGAUCGUGGUACAUACACUUGUAUGACUGAAAAUCGUGGUGGAAAAGAUGAAGUUGAUAUAAUAUUAGCUCUUAAUGUUGAUAAAUUAAUUGCUGGAGUACCAAAUACAGAUAGCACAUCAAAUUUAUUGUUAAUAAUUUGCUUAGUCGCAAUAACACUACUUUUAUUAUUAAUUGUUAUCGUGUUAGUAUUAUGUUGGUAUUGCCGUAAAGUACGACACUACUCAAAAGAAGCAACAAUGAGUGAAAACGGAUUAAUAACAUCCAAAUUCGAAAAACCACAAAAUGGUUCUGUUCUGGAAGGUUCAGUUAUCAUGGAAUUGCAAAAAAGUUUGUUAACUGAAGUAAAUCCAGUUGAAAAGCCGCCUAGAAGAACUGAACUGGAAAACAUUGAUGGCGAUGAUAUACAUGAAAUCGAAAAAACUCUUCUUUAUGAAACUCCUUUUGCAAGUCACGAUGAAGAAACAAAUUCAGUUACUUUAUCAGAUACAACACCACGCUCCCGUGCUACAUAUGUUGAUGACGGCUGUGGCGCAAAUUUACCGCCUGAUUUAUUAUCAUUUUCAGCCCAACGUGUUCCACAAUCACCAUCCUUACAAAGCUCUAUAUCAAAUAUUCCUACUGAUAACCGCCCAACUUACAGGAAAUCUCCAUUAUCCAGUCCAGUUUAUCAACAUGUUCUACCAAGUUGUUCCUUACCAUCGACAUCAUCAUCUUUACCUGCUAGUAAUGGAAUAUACGGAACAGCUCAAACACAGUUUCGCACAUUACAAUAUCCUAAAAAUCGAAAUUUCACAAUUGUAACUGCUAACACCUCUAAUACUAAUCGCAAUAACGAGUCGCCAUUUAUCCCUGCUCCAGUUGUUUAUCCACCUAUCAUAAUGAAACAAGGCUAUAUGACAAUACCACGUAAACCUCGUGUACCAAGUUGGACACCAUCCGUCACUUCACCGUUAUCAGAAUUUCAACCUGCAUCAAUCACGCAAAAUCCAAGUAUAGCUGGAACAGAUAUGUCAGAAGCAUCAUUGACUGAACCAGUUUAUGAUAAUUUAGGGUUACGUACCACAGCUGGUGGUAAUUCAAUGCUUAGUUUACAUAAAAUUGGUACUACAAACGCUAAUAGCAAUAAAGUUAUGUCACCACGGUACACAAUGAAAGAUCGACCAUUACCGGCAACACCAAAUACAAUUAACAAUGAAUGUGCUAAUACCAACUUUGGCGUAACAAUUAACGUCGUUAGUAAUAGUAAUAGUGGCCUUAAAUUCAAUAAAGCCGAUACUAGUAAUAAUGGUGCCGUUAAUCAUAAUUUUAACAAAAGUAUAAGUAAUAAUAACAAUAAUAGCAAUAGUAAUAAUAACAACAACAAUAGCAAUAGUAAUAAUAAUAAUAAAAAUAAUAAUAACAAUAAUAACAAUUCUCUGCUUAAUAACAGCAGUAACUUUGUCCCACAAUCUACUUCCAAAUUAUAUGAACCAAUACAUGAACUCUCAAAUUUAACAAAUACAUCUGAUACAGAACCAUUAUAUGGCACAGCCAAAAGUAAUAGUGGAUUAACAAUAGUGCCAUCAAUCAACAAUGGGUACCAAAAUGCAACAAAAUCGGCCAAAAUUCCACCACGACCACCGCCAAAACCCAAAAAGAAAAUUGCAGUUACAUCAACAGGACAUGGUGGCAGCACAAGUCAACUUUUUCAAGAUGAAGAUGAAGAUGGCACAGAGGUCUAGUCUUUAUUGUUUUCCAUUAAAUCAUAUGGAAAACGCACUAAAAAAACAAGGACAAAAUUUAAAAACUCGAAGUUGAAAAACGAAACCCCACAUAUUAUUGUCGCAAAAAACGCAAUAAAUUUUACUGAUUUCGGCCUUCUUAUUUAAAAAUGUGUAUAUAAGUAUGUAUUAUGCACAUGAAUAAUUUUUUAUGCGUAUAUGAAUCAGUAUAUCGUAAGCUGAUGCAUGAGUAAUUCUUAUAUGUAAGUACUUUAGUAUUAUAUCAUACUUAUUCAGUCAAAGUACACUUUGUAAUCUUUAAAAUUUUAUAUAAUUUACGAAAUACGAAACACACGUUGCAUACAGUAAUCGUACAGAAAGUUAUACCUAUUAAAAAUAUCGGAACACAAAAUGAGAAAUAAUCUAAGAAGUUAUAAAUUUGAAACUACCAUAAAAGUGACAAUUACCUUCAAAUUUUAAGACUAAGAAGUUAAGUAUUAAAAUUAGAUACAUAUACAUAUGUGUAUAAUUCCGCAUUAGGAGGAAUAUUUUUAUUCUACUUUAAAAAUGUGAAUCGAGUAUCCCGAACUUACUGAAUUAUUUAAAUAUUUGAAAAUAUUUUAACUUUGUAAUCAAUUGCAAAAAUCGAAUCAAUACUUUAAAAAAUCUUUAGGGAAUUUACAUUCGCAAUCAAAAAAUAAUAAAAGUUGAAUUCUAUUUCAUUAGUAUUUAAAAUAAAAAUAAUAAUUUUCAUAAAAGAGUAGAAUGAUUUUCUUUUCUACUUUCUUAUAUUACGACUAUAUACCACGCAGUUUUCGACAAGUACUCGUAAUUGGAAGUUCUUUAUAACUUAUUUUUAGCCUUUAAUUUUUAGUGCCAAUCGACUGAAUAAAGCGAAACUUUAUUACUUUAAUAGAUUUAUUCAAAAAAUAUAAAUGUAUAAUCAAACUUUUAAACUCGAAUUGUAAAUUAACAAAUGCCGAAAAGAAAAUAUCUUUAAAAGUUUUUUAUUAUUACAGAUUUUGUUUUGCAAUAAAGCUGUAAGAGAUAGUAAGAUAAAAAAAUGCAAAAUAAGUAGUAAAAUUUAUACAAAAAUAUAUUGAAUAUUAUAUUAUUAAUAAUUAUAAGGAACUAUUAUUAAACUUAUCCAAAUAUUAUUAAAAUUUUAAUUUUAAGGCUAAUUUUUAAAU